AUGCCAAAACGAUUCCUCAAUGUUGAAUACGACACUAUUUCUACUGAAAUCGAUGUGACUGACUUUGAAGACCUGAGUGACGUUCAGGAUGCUAUCAAGUCUGAGUAUGGAGGCUCCUGUGCUGUUAUUGGUUGUUUACCACCACCUUCAAGACAGCCUACUCAAACUGACCUUUCUGCCGCAGGUUCUACUUUAACAGCAGGAUACAAGAAAAGAAGAACAAGUGAAUGGGAGAAAGUAUCAACACUUGCUCAACUUUCAUACGACCCAAAUUCAACCAUUUUCAAACUUGACGAAAAUUACUUGGCCAAGACUGGUCUAUCUACUCAAAAACUCAUUCUUUAUUGUCGUCCAACUUUUCAUGAGCAAUUCAGUUUUUUACGGGAAAAAGUCAUUGAUAAUGGGGUUCUUGGUUGGAUUCUAGGACCACCAGGAACUGGCAAGUCGACUACUGCUCUGGAAUUUGCCUCAACUCUGGACAAAAAUGACUGGGUUGUUACUUGGAUUCAUUUGUACAUAGAUCGUUAUCCAGUAUGUGUUCGUUUGGAGGGCGAUUCAAAGAAAUCCCAGGAAAUCUACGACAGCAAUAUCGACAAACUUUUUGAUAUUUUGCAUAAAGUAGAUGAAUCAAAACAACACAUUGUGUUUAUUGAUGGAUACACUUCAAAUGGACAAAAACACAUUGAUGUACAGCAAGCUUGCUAUUCAUGGCUCGAAAAAGACCGAAAAAAAAGAAGAUUGGUUGUCGUUUGUUUGAUGUCUUCACGUUACAAAGCAAAGUUGGAGGAAGAUAUGCUGUUGAAUCUCAAACAAUUCAACGCUGUUUUGGAUUCUGAUUUACAGAUUGAUUCGUCUCGUGAAGACUUGGUCCGUUCUAAACUAUACUUUGCGGGUGCUUCUGCCAGAUGUAUGUUUCUUUUUGCGACCAAAGAUGUGAUCCAACAAACAUAUGGAUUAGUCACUUUUGUCAAUGAUAUUUUUCCAUACGUCAAAGGCACAAUAGGCGACCAGUCUAAUAAUGUCGUGGAUCGUCUCUUCAGUUCAAGUUUAGUAGAGAAUAAUGUGUUCCCUCGAAAAACAUCUAUUGUCAGUCAAUUUGCCGGGGUUAUGUUGGCCAUCAAGAAAGGACCAGACCUGAUUCGUAAAUUGGCCAACGCUACUCGGCAUGAUGGAAAUCCUUCUAUGGAUGGUUGGAUAUUGGAAAUGUGGUUUUUUGCCAGUCUUUAUUACGACGGAGUAAACUUGUUUGACGAAAACGAUAACGAAUUUCAAACUUGGCCAGCAUCCAAUGUCAAAACUCUGGAUAUCAAUGCUUUUCCUGCUCUACCAGAAAAUAAUGGUGUUUGGUUUAAGCCAAACAAAUGGAACCAGGGAGGAUUUGAUGCUAUUUUCUUGGAUAAAGGAAAAGGGUUGUUAGAUUCGUUCAAUUUUUUGCUGACGCUAUGCCAAUCGCCUGAAUCGUUUGAGAUUACAUGCUUGGAAAUUAUCUUUGUUGUUGACCAAAAGAAACGCUCAACUUUCAAGGUAGCCGAACCAUCGGUACCAGGCAUGUUGACAGAUGUUGGUUGGAGACUCGGUGAAGAGUUGGAUAAAGUCAAAGUUGUUUUCAUAAAGGGAUGGUGCGAUUAA